GACUGGGCUAACUGUCGCUUCUAUAUCGAGUUCAAGACGAGCGACGCUGGAAACGACCCUUGGGACGAUCGCUCUGGCAAGGCGGCGAACGAGGCGAAGACCCGCGCCCGUGUGCGAGCCCAACUGAUCGCGUACGCUAAGAACGUUUUCCUCUAUCAACAUCGGACCGCCCUCUUCUCCCUCUUCAUCAUCGGCAAUUCCUUCAGAGCUGCGCGGUGGGACAGAUCCGGCGUGAUCGUGUCGAAGAAGGUCGACUAUGCGGACGACCCG